AUGCACGCAGAACGGGAUGCAACGCAUGGAAUACAACCACAGGGUUUCCUCACGAACCUCAAUGUAUCUACGCCGCCACACGGCAAUGCGCGUCAUUCUCAAAAUAAGAGUAAAAAAAGAACUAAAAAACCUGCUCGCCGUACCAUCCCGCGUGCCCCAUACCGACAGCUUUUUCUUACAGGUACCUCUCAGUUAUUACCUUUUCACGUUUCAAAGAGGGGCCGUGAGUUUGUGCAGCGGUCGUUGUGUCCACGGCACGUCAACAACACUACGCACGUUUCUCGCGCCGCGCAAGACGCGUCCGUGUUUCUUUCCGCCAGUACUAGGUUUUCACCCGAUUCACAGUGUACACGUGACCCCUCAAGCGUUCCGCAUUCUAACAUAAAUAAGAAUCACGAAGUACAUGCUUCAGGAACUUCGGACGUCUUCUUUCUGCGGGAUGCUCGGCAGGGCGAGCAGGGGCACGACCAGAGGGAUCGGCAUGACAUUCCGCAAACGCAGCGUCAUGGAAAGGGCCCUUCGACCACGAAGCUAUUGUGCGACCAGAACCUCCACACUGAUCGUUUUUUUUAUAUAUCCGAGCCCGUGGAGCUUCAGAUCGAGUCGAUUUCUGGACCUUGCGUCCGCUUCAUGCUCUUUUUGUGGUACUUCACUUUUCUCUUAUGUGUCGCAAUCGACAUGGUUCCGGAAUUGCGGUGGGAGAUGUUGAACAUUUGCAACUCAGAGAGCGUAAGUUUGAGAAACCUGAAUAAGUGGAAUAGCCUUUGUUUCGAAGUCCAACCCUCGUCUUCCAAGCCCGGAUAUUUCAACGUGACAUGGACUCCUAACCUUCAGGAGGAUCGUAUCACCCCAUUCUACGAGCUACGCCAUAUUGUGGUGAGUGUGCCACGACUCCCCACACAGUCUGGUGAGGUGGUGCACUACAACGAAUACAUAGGGGUAAUCUCAGGGGAUGCCCAAGAUUCGGUCGUUAUGGGACCCGUUGAAAUGACGCUUCGUUGCAAUAAAAAAAAUAGUUUAUGCGACGUGCUGAAGCUUCCGGGUGGAGUAAAGUUUCCUCUUCAGCGCUUGUUUUUCCCUGAACUCUCUCCGGAGCUGAUGAGCGCGAUGACAGGUGGGGUGAAUGGGACGGGCUUAUCAACCGCUAUUGGGAUCGUAUUCGAGCGACAGACCUACACCGUCGUUACAGCUAUUUGUCGAUACAGUUUUAUAGCCAUUUCUUUUCUACAUAUGUUAAGGUUCACAGCGUAUCGCAAGCACACAAGCCAUCUAUAUGAACAGAGUUGGAUUAUCGGGUUGCAAAUCUUCUUGAUUUUUUACUUGAACCCGCUUUAUAUCGAGAGCUUAUCGCCACAUCCAUCUUCUGACAUUCUGAAAUUUUUCGACAUUUGUCUUCCGACUUGCUUCGUAGCGAUGAACCUGGGCUUCAUGUACUCCGUUAUGACUGCUUCCAUGCUUUGGCGACAGCGCACUGACACCCGCAAAGCGGUUAAGGAGAAAGAUAUUUCAGAGGACAGCGAGGAAGAGAGCCUUACUUUCGAUGGUACCAUACGGAGGAGGAGCUGGCGAACGAAUCUUUUCAAGUUUUUUUUCUGUAGCAAAAACCUCUACGACCCACCAUUUUGGACGAAGGCUGCCGCCAUUCUUUACGUUUUAUUGGUGUUGGUGUACGAAAUUGCUCGUUCACUUGGUAGCAACGGCUAUGACUUCGCCGGUAUACAUUUUAGCGUCAAGCCCAAGGACGUCGAAUGGAAUAUUCUUGCACUUAUCCUGGGGUGCUUGACUUGUUUAGGUUUGCUCAUAUACUUAAACAACCAUCUUGGCAAAAAGCCGUACCUUGAAAGCCGACCCCAGCAGCUUGCUUGCUGUGUGUUUCUCAUGAUAUUUCUAUUUAUUAUCCUAUUUUAUAUCAUCAACUUCAUUACGCUCUAUGCGUAUAUAAGCCGAUAUUAUCCUGUUACCAAUCCGCAUUAUCCCUUCACACAUCUUACCUCAUUGGCGCUCAACACACUUUUUGUGAAUAUCAUGACAUUUGUCUACACUACUCAACAUCGAGAUGAAAACAUUCCAAUUCAUCCGAAUGAUCAGCGGUGGAUGCUCAUGGUGUGGCCAAACACGUGGCAUACCUGGCUUGCUCGGCACGGUGGGAGUCAGUAUAUAUUCUUUACCGAACGCCAAGAAACUAAUUUUUACACGCGGCAACUUGAUUUUCACAAGCGCCAGUUGAUGGCUCGACUGAAGAAGAGAAAGGAUUACACUAGAGAAGACGGACAGCGGUCCGAUACCCUUGCACGAACCACCUCAGACCUGGCGUUACGAAGUGCAGAGCAGUCUCAGUUACGGCGACGGAAUCAGCGGGAGGGUUUCAUCGGUCCUAACAAUCGUUAUGAUGUUACCUCUCCUGACCCUCAGCUAGCCAAUUCGCACCCUUAUGGGGAAGAAGUCAAGCAAAACGGGGAUACACUUGCAAUCCUGAGCUCAUCAAAGAUGGACACCUCAAGGAAGCCUCAACCGCACCGUUUACAAAAGGAUCACCACCCUAAUUUAGAGACGGUGGAGGUGCCUAUAUGCAUUCAAAACAAUAAUAGCCCUCAUGAGUAUACUUUACCAAAGGUGACUAGUGGCGCGUUAAAGAGCGAGCAGGGUAACCAACCCUACGGAUUUUCAGUUUCACCCAAACUUUCUUGCAAGUAUCAUUCAAGGGUGGGAUCAAAGGUGGGAUUUCUUGAAGAGGACUUGAACCCGCGUAACGCCACCCGUGGAGGGAACGUUGCGAAAGGAUUAGCUCACAUGGACCGCUUCAGCAGCUCUUACUUGCCAGAAUUACCCGAAGAUGAUUUUUUGUUGCUGACGCGUUCAAGACGAGCUAUGGCGCAAAGUGACAAGGCCCCAUUUCUCAGCGAAGCCGCCGAUUCAGUACGGGUCUUUGAACCGCAGGUAUCGAGCUUACCAGUUCCCGGGCUGGGAUGCACUCUGAAUGGGUCGGCCAAGCGGCUCUCACGUUUAGAAAGGAGCACACAGCGAGCGUUCCCUCGAGGAAAUGUUGGAUUAACCUCAAACCAGCCCCCAUGCACUCGGCUUGUGUUGGUGUCCUCCGAAGGUCGCGGGGCAGGGACGCCGUCAAGCAUGGAGGGGUAUUCCCCUCAACCCUCCGCGACAAACAGAAAUGUAUCGUCAAUUCAGUCCGUGGCUCUUGCGAUGCGCACGCUGGUGAGGUCGAGAUCCCCCAGCCAGGUGUCUGAUAUCGCAUCAGCGCCUACUGGAUACUUAUCGUCUGAGUGGCGAGGACUUCACAAGCGGGAGCGUUCACAUGACUGCGACGCCACGUCAAUACUCACAAACGGGGCGAGGAAGUCGUGGAGAAGCUGCUCGGCUCACACCCCGAAAGAGAUGUAUUUAGCACAAUCUUUCGACGGUAAUGCUACUCAUACGGGGUCUGAAUGCAACCGUUUCACCUUGCGAAAAGCCAUGCACAAGGUUCACAUUGGGAUAAACACGCUGGUGGGUGUGGCUGAGCGGAAUCUCUUCACACGACCCAUGUACCACAUUGACCAAUUGCAGAAAAUUAUGGUGAACGCGUUCUAUAAACCUUUUGAGGGUAUCAACUACUUGCCUUUCUUCAAUCUCGAGACGGCUAUUGAUUGCUUCAACCUAUCCUGGGAGGUAUACCGUAUCGAGGAGAGCCACAUCGCUGAAUGUGUAGAGAUGAAUAAUCGCUCAGACCUGAGCAGCGCGUUUCAACGGAUUUUAUGUCUUUUAAAGAGCCUUUUCAGACCCUUUAGUGCCUCUAUAAAGGUUUCCAAUAAAAAAGAUAAACUCCCGGGGUCAGUGAGCGCGAAUAAAGGUCCAGAUGGUACCGACCAUGCGAUCAAUCGCGCCGGCAGUGCUCAAGAAGAAUCAGAAUUCGUCGGAGAACAGACUGUCGAGGCCUGUGAAGCCUGCCAUGAGCACGUUGUUACGGAGAAUCCAGCAAUGUCCAAUGUGGCACACCCCAAAGAUGAAAAAAAGCUUCUACCAGCCUUUCUUACCCGAGCGAAGUCCGCAUCGGAGACAAAAAUUGUCAUUGAAAAGGAUGCCCACACGGAAUGUCCUGGUGAGAGCUAUCCGGCUUCGACAAAUCUCGAGACCGAUGACGUCAAGGAGCGAAUCCAAAGCGAAACGACUGUGGAACAAGUGGGGGCUCUCAGCGAUUUCAACCAUUCCAUUCAUCAUGAGCAGGAGACAAUCGCACCUGAAACGUCCACGUCACCGGUAGUUUCCGAAAGGGCACACUUAAACGCCCGAGUACUUCCCAUGAACGUUGAGAAGUACGGCUACAAGCCGAUUAUGGUGACGCAGAUCAAGGAGGUGCAAGUUCUCAUUGCGCAGAUCGAUACGAAUGCCCGCCAGCAUUUAUACAAGGCCCCGCGCGUUGUGAUUGCCUUGCGCGGCACCGCCAACUGGAGCAACGCGCGAGACGACAUGAAUGUUAACCACAUGGUAUGGGAUGAGAUGGUAGAGGACAUUGAAGCCAUGAACGCCAGUGGUAAUCAAGAUUCCUUCAUGACCAAGCUCAACAGCGGCGCCUUGGCAGGGUGUACCUUCCUCGGGCGGAUGUGGAAGCCGACUUGCCAUGGCGGAUUCCUCACUAUAUGGAAGGCCAUGAGGCCGGUUAUAAUCCCGAAAAUUCUCGAAGUUCUUCGGACUGACCCCGACACAGUUUAUCGUGUUUUCACCACGGGACACAGUCUGGGCGGGGCGUUGGCGUCUCUCUGUGCGUACUCGGUAACGCGUGAGCUCCAGCGCAUAAGAUACCCCAUCCCAGAGGUUACGGUGUAUAGCUAUGGUACGCCUCGUACUGGGAAUGCGUUGUUUUGCCGACUUUACAAUCGCGCGGUCCCUAGAACGUUUCACGUGACAAAUGAGAGCGACCUCGUAGCAACUAUGGGGAUAUUCUGCGAUCACCACGUUGGGAUCGAGGUUAAAAUCGACCGCAAUGGGAACUACAUCGUUAAGCCGACGAAUAUCGAGAAAAUUUUCCCACCUACAAGAGGGACCGGCCUUUCAGUUAUGAAUCACUUAAUGACCGCCUAUGGUGCUUCACUCAAUGCCAUUGCGAGACACUCAGAGUGCAUGGCACGGUGUUGGGAGCCGUAUCUUACCCAAAAGGUCGAGACGGCAUGCGAAGAAUGUGCAAAAUGCAGGGAAUGA